GGGUCAAUUGGAGUCCGUAUACUUGUGUAUUCGUCAGCGAUAUCAGUUCGCGUAAAUUUUAGUAAUUACGUAAAAGGCGUGCGGGCGUCAUUCCGAAAAACGGUAUCCGCCUCAUUGACGGAUUUUUCAGUAGUCGGUUACAGAGCGAUGCUGAAGCACAAUCGCUCUCCUUUUUUUCGAAUGUCGGAAGUGAAAUAGAUAAUUAUAGACGUACAAUUGAAUUUAUAAUCGAAAAUGCGGUGCGUUGUAACGGUGAUUUUCAUUUAUCUGGGCGCAGUGACGUGUUCGUUCGAUCGGGAGAGAAGCCCUACCGUGAAAACGGAGUUCGGCGAACACCAGGGUCUCUGGACUGAGACGAUCAGGGGACAGAAGGUCGCCGGUUACCUUGGAAUUCCUUACGCCAAGCCGCCGAUAGGGAACCUACGAUUUCAGAAACCAGCCCCAUGGACGAGACAUUGGCGCAAAGUACGAGAAUCCACCCAAUACCGUCCCCCCUGCAUGCCCCUCGAAGGAUUAGAGCGAGGGAGCGAAGAUUGUUUGUACUUGAACAUAUUCACGCAACAAGAGACGCAGGUUAAGAAUCCUACUAAAAAUGACGAAAAACGCGCAGUGCUCGUGUACCUCAUCAGCGACUCGUUCGACCAUAACGAUAAUUCCUUGUAUCAACCCUCUUACAUAUUGGAUCAAGACAUCGUAUUGGUGACCUUGAAUUACCGAAUGGGAAUAUUUGGUUAUUUUACUACUGGUGACGAAGCCGCCCCGGGUAACUACGGGCUCAAAGACGUUCUACUGGGACUCAAAUGGCUGCAGAAAAACGUAGCAGCAUUCGGAGGUGAUCCAAAGUCGGUUACCCUGAUGGGACAGGGCGCCGGGGCCGGCGUCGUCCACCUUCUGGCAUUGUCGAAGAAAUCCGAAGGACUGUUUCACAAGUACAUAACCCAAAGCGGAACAGCCCUGGCACCCUGGACCUACCGUCCGAGAGAAAAGGCGGUCGAAAUGUCCAAGUUUUUGAUAUCUUCGAUGAAAUGCGAGAGGAACACAUCCAAGGAAAUGGUGGCGUGUCUGCGCACCGUACCAGCUUGGAUGAACAAUUACGCCGACGAGAUUGUGAUGAACCCGUGGGACGGAUUCGGUCCGAUAGACGAGCCAGAAUCCGAGGAAGCCGUGAUUAUCGAACAUCCAAAGAUACUGAUGGCGGAAGGAAAGGCUCGCGACAUUCCAUGGUUGACCGGUGUCGUUGCCGACGAGGGCUUCGUCAUGACUCCCCUUUUACACCAGAACUCUUCGAUGUGUCAGUUACUCGCUGAAAACUUUGAGGAAACUGUGUUGGCGAUCGCCAACCACCAGCUCACGGUAACCGACACCCCCGCUUACUUGGAAUCUUUGAGCUCCUUCUAUUUCGACGGCAACAUCACCAACGACUGCGCCGACGGUUUCGUUGAGAUGGCGGGAGACGUGCUGUUCAAUUGGCCGGUAUUCGAGGCUCUCGAGACGCAAGUGAAAAGCAUGAAGUCGAAAGUAUUCUUUUACAAUUUCGCGUACAACGGCACCUUCACAACGACCUUUAAAUUCGACUCGUCCCAACGAUUCGGUGUCAGCCACGGAGAUGAUGUGAAUUACAUUUUUCCAAUACUGAACGAAGUCUUCGAUGACCUUCAACUGAGGAACACGGAGGACGACAUAGCGAUGAUCAACGUGAUGACCGAGAUGUGGGGGAACUUCGUUAAAUCGGGGGCUCCGAGCGCGAGAUUUCUACCAUCGUGGGAGCCUUACAAGAAGGCUCGCCGUUACAUGGUGUUCGGACCGGAGGCCGAGGUUUCCAUGGAGAAGGGCUUUCUCACCGAUAGGAUGAACUUCUGGCGUAAACUGAGCGAAAAAUUGGUCGGAGAGUUGAACGAGGGGACACAUAAAGGUGGAUCGUCGAAAUCGGCGGAUGGUCAAGUCGUCAACCGAUUAUCAGUCCUCUUUGUAUCGUUGGCGGUUCUCUUGAUUUUCAGACGUUGAGGAAAGAAAGAAAAAAAAAAAGAAAAAAAAAAAAACAAAGAGCGAAUUAUAAAGUCGAAACUAACGAGAACACAAAGUUAGAUAGGAUCGUAAAACAGUAAAGAGCUGUAUAUAAAUACGUAUACAUGUAUUCAAGAUUUUUUGUUGUUGUUAUAAUAAAUCAUAUAUGUAUAUUUUGUA